UUAAUUAUGCUGUUGGAAUUAAUCAAAAUAGAAAACUAUAUUUUUUUUUAGUACAAAAAACUCUCUUUCUCUCUCGUUUCUCGCCGUUUCGCUUAGACCAUUUCUCCGUCUUCUGCAUAAUCCGGCUCUUCUUCUUCUUCUUCUUCUUUAUCCUUCUCCGGUGGAUUUCUCCGGCUCCGGCGACGCCCGAAACAAACGCUGCAGAUCAUCUCUUUACUCGUUACGCACUAUUCAAAUCCAACCAUGUCCGUAAGCUUUCGGAUCUGAAUCAGAUUCUAAAUCUGUGUUCUGAGAAAGUGAAAGAACAAUGGCUGCUAUGAUAUUCCAUGUCUUCUCAUCGGCGGCGCUGCUGUCGCUCGGGCUCUACCACAUCGUCUCCGUUACGCUCAAUUUCCUUAAGUUCCCUCAGACCUACUCCGCUAGGCCCUACCAUCCCUUCCCGCCUUCCUCUUCACGUCAGCUUCAGCUUCAUCUUCCCCUUCACUACGGCCUCCGGUACCUGCAACUCUACCUCGCAAUCCCUUGCCUCAUUAUCGCCUUUGCUCAUCAGGCCAUUGUCGCCGCCGACCCUGACCCUCUCCUCAAGGGCAGCACCCCCGUCCACUACUUCAUCUCUCUCCAAUCCGCCGCUGUUAUUUUCCUCUUCCUCAUCUUUACUCUCGCUCUUCUCCUCUCCGAUUCCACCUCUCUUCUCCCUCUCCCUUCCGAUCUCUUUUUUGCCCUAGCUUCCGCCUUAUUCUUCUUGCAAUUUUCCGUUUCGUCAUCGGCUGCCUCUGUCCAGACCUCCGAUCUUCAAGCGAAAUGCGAUUCCGUCUCCGGUAAAAUCUCUGCUCUGGCGUCCUUCAUCUGCCUGGUCCUUGCUUGCUUGCCGAGGCUCUUCGUGGCCGAUAUGGGUUUGGGGGCGACUUUCUUCCUCCAGGGUCUUUGGAUGCUUCAAACGGGGCUUUCGCUCUAUGUUGAGGCCUUCAUUCCUGAAGGGUGUCACAGGUUGCUUGACGUGGUGAACGGCGUGGAGGGAUCCACCAAAUGCGAUUUGGAGGAAUCCCGGCUCAGGGCUGUUGCCAUUUUGGAUCUGGCUUUGCUGAUCCACGUUAUGUUUGUUCUGCUGAUUGUGAUACUCAUUUAUGCUGUCAUUGCCAAGAUUGUUGGCGUAAGGAGAGUUGGGUCUUACGAAGCUUUACCAGCUACUGCCAUGGGGGAAAACAAUCAUAUACAGAUGAAAGAAUUGACGGGCACCCAGGCUUAAUCCUCUUUAUUUGGUUGGCUUAUUUCUUUAUCUUUGUUCUUCAACUCUUGUUCUUGUUCUAGCUGCGCACGGCUGGUUAUUGCAAUCAAAGAUUUUGUGCAAUUUUUUUUUUUUGUUAUGUGCCUCUCGGUUUGGUAUCAAUGGAAUGUCCUCUGUAUAAUCUGAUCCUGACCCCCCCCUUCCCUACCGAACCUUUUUGCAAAUGAUUAUUCAGUAGCUAGAUUUGAGGGUUUACAGCAAUCAA